AUGCCCACAUUGAAACGCCUCGCCAUUUGGACUUUGCUUGCCGCUCAGACGGUCGUGCCCGCCUUGGCAGCAUCAGCAGAAGAAUGGGCUAAACGCUCUAUAUAUCAGAUUAUCACCGACCGUUUCGCUUUACCACCAGGUGCGGACCCAACUAAGUGCGACCCAGGAGGACAUACUUGGUGCGGAGGAACGUGGAAAACGAUUCAGGAAAAUUUGGAUUACAUUCAAGACGCCGGAUUUACCGCCAUAUGGAUCAGCCCAGUCAACCAGAACUAUAUCGGCCCAAAAACGCCUUACGGAGAUCCGUACCACGGGUAUUGGAUUCAAGACAACUCGCAAUUAAAUGCUAGAUUUGGGACGGCGGAUGAUCUAAAGGCGUUGUCGAAGGAACUGCACGCCAGGAAAAUGUUCCUUAUGGUUGACGUUGUCGUGAACAAUGUCAUGGCUACUUCUACCACCCCAGACUACUCAAAGUAUAUGUUCAAAGACAAAUCCAUGUACCAUGAUUACUGCCCUAUACAGUGGGGCAACCCUGACUCUGAGCAAACAUGUUGGUUCGGAGACUCCAAGGUGCCGCUUCCGGACCUGGACACGAAGAAUCCAACAGUUAUUAGCACAUAUCAUGCUUGGAUCAGGGCACUCGUCGGGGAGUAUGGUAUUGAUGGCCUGCGGAUUGAUGCUGCGAAGCACGUCAACAAGGAUUUCUGGCCUGGAUUUGUGGAAGCUGCAGGUGUCUUCUGUAUCGGCGAAGUCUAUGGUGGAAUGGAGGUCGAUGCUAUUGCUCAAUGGCAAGGCCCGGCCGCCCUUCCAAGUGUGUUGAAUUAUCCACUAUACGCUGCACUCAAGGAAGCCUUCGUCAUCCCUGGGAAGAGAAAUACGACUGCCCUGGCCGAAGUCCUUCUUCAAGAACAGGAGAAGUUUGUGGAUACCACCGUCCUCGGAAACUUCAUGGAAAACCACGACGUGCCUAGAUGGCAUAACAUGUCGGUGGAUCCUCAGAGCAUGUAUAACGCGAUAGCCUUUAUGUUCAUGACGGAUGGCAUCCCCAUUGUGUAUGCCGGGCAAGAGCAGUACUUCAGUGGGAACUCUGAUCCAUGGAACCGAGAACCAUUGUGGGUAUCGGGCUACGCGAAGACACCCGCAUACGAACUGAUCGCACGUCUCAAUAUGGUGCGGAACUACUUGAUCCACUCGACGGACUGGGUCACACAACCGACAAACGUCCUGACGGUCAGCGACAACGGCAUUGGUGUGAUGAAAGGCCCGGUGGUGUCAGUCUUGACUAAUAUCGGUUCGCCGCCUCGCAAUGGCUCAAGCCUUGCUGUCCAGUCGCCUUAUGAAUCCAGCACGGCCCUUAUUGAUGUGAUGAAUUGUCGACAAUUUGUCGUAGGCUCAGACGGAUGGCUGGACGUCGAAUAUACAAAGGGUGGCGUAGCUACUAUACUGGUACCAAGGGACCUUCUUUCUGGAGGGCCAAUAUGCCCGCCUUCCCCAAAUUCUCAGAAUGUGAAGGGUGGUCAGAAACAGGCCUCAAACGGGGUGAGGGCGGCGGCACUAGGAGAUUGGGCUCUUGGUUUCAUGGCGUUACUGGCUGGCGUCAUGGUAUGGUGA